GACAUCUACGUAUUACGUCUAGCGCCAAAUUUUAGUUGUCCGAGGACUGGGAGAAGUGCUGCAGAGAGGAGACGAAAAGACUGACACAGAAAGCCGUUCCUGCUUCUAGCUGGGUGUGGAAGGCUGCUGCUAUUCUAAUAUAGAAUGGGUCUCCUGGAUUGCUGUGAGGUGCUGUUUGGCACAAGUAACCUGUACCAGGUUCUUGGGGUGGAGAAGGAGGCGUCUGAGGCAGGGAUCCGCAGGGGCUACUACAAAGUCUCUCUCCAGGUUCAUCCAGACAGGGUCCCUGACAAUGAGCAGGCCACAGAGAAAUUUCAGGUCCUUGGAAAGGUGUAUGCAGUAUUGAGCGACAAGGAGCAGAGGGCAGUGUAUGAUGAACAAGGCAUUGUGGACGAAGAGUCUGACACCCUGCGCCAGGACCGCUCGUGGGAUGAGUACUGGAGGCUGCUGUUCCCAAAGAUCACGGUGGAUGACAUUAAGGCGUUUGAGGCGAAGUAUAAGGGAUCAGAGGAGGAGGCUGAGGAUGUCCGGAAGAGCUACAUGGAUCACAAGGGGAAUAUGGACCGCAUCAUGGUGUCAGUGCUGUGCUGCACCUACGAGGAAGAGCCUCGGAUCCGGGAGAUCAUUGAGAAAGCCAUCGCUGCGGAAGAGCUCCCAGCCUUCGAUGCUUUCACAAAGGAGUCCGAGAAAAAGAAGGCGGCCAGAAAAAGACAAGCUAACAGGGAGAAAAGAGAAGCAGAGAAAAUGACAAAGGACAUGGGGUUAGUCGAUGGUGAGGACUCCCUGAAAGCACUUAUUCAGAAGAGGCAGAAAUCUCGUGAACAGGAGACUAACUCGUUUCUGACAGACCUGGAAGCAAAAUAUUGCAAGAAAGGAGGGAAGGGAAGCGCUGGAAAGAAAGGGAAGAAAUGAAAACUUGAUAAGAGCACUUUGUAAAUAGUUUAAAACGAAAAAUAUUAAAAAGCACACUUUUUUCUUCCACCUCGUUACAUAAAGGAACACUUUCCCCCGCCAUGUUGUGAUGCCCAGUAAAUAAUUAAUUAUGCGACAUCCAACUUUUCUUGUUGUUUAUGAUGACUUUUCUGCCUGUUUUGACAGAGAUGCAGUCUCAAGUAUUAGUGUUCAGAGCUGAUAAUUGUAUUUGUGUAUACAUGUUUCUCUUUAUUCAAUUGUAGUUUUUAUAAAGUGUUCUGUUUUCA